AUGGCGUCAGAACAACCCCCUAGCACUGAUAUCAUCACCUUAAGCAGACAUGUGCUGCACGACCAGCUGAGACUGGGAACAGCAGCUACGGGAGAUCUUACCCUCUUGCUCAUCGCUAUCCAAGUGACUAGCAAGUUCAUCGCGACAAAUGUACGAAAAGCCCGGCUCAUCAACCUUGUCGGCCUUGCUGGCGAGACCAAUGUCCAAGGCGAGGAGCAGAAAAAGCUCGAUGUUCUAUCCAAUGAUAUCAUGGUUAACGCCCUGCGGGCGUCUGGAAAGACCGCGGUCUUGGUCUCGGAAGAACUUGACAAUGCUAUCAUCAUCGAGGAACGAAACAAGGGCAAGUACUGCGUAGUAUUUGACCCCCUUGACGGCAGUAGCAACAUCGAUGCUGGUGUCAACAUCGGAACCAUCUUCGGCAUUUACGCUGUGAGACCAGACUCUAGUGGAACAAUAGAAGAUGUGCUCAGACCAGGGAGUGAGAUGGUCGCUGCCGGAUACACUAUGUAUGGUUCCUCAGCAAACUUGGGUGUCAACGGCUAUACCCUGGACGCAGCUCUAGGAGAGUUUAUCCUCACUCACCCUGACAUAAAAAUACCUCCUCGUGGCAAAAUUUACUCCUUCAAUGAGGGCAACUCGAUGUAUUUUUAUCCUCCGGUGACCAACUACCUGAACUCGAUCAAGUAUCCGAAGACUGGUUCUCCUUACUCUGCUCGCUACAUCGGGUCCAUGGUUGCAGAUGUGCACAGGACAUUGCUAUAUGGAGGGAUUUUCGGCUACCCUGACGAUAAGAAGAGCAAAUCUGGAAAGUUGCGGUUAUUGUACGAGGCAUUCCCCAUGGCCUUCCUGACCGAACAAGCUGGAGGAGUCGCGACUACUGGUACGAAGCGCAUCCUUGACAUUGUUCCAAAGAGCAUACAUGAGCGGUGCUCUGUGUUCCUUGGGAGCCGGGACGAUGUGCAGGACCUUAUGAAAUUCUAUGAGAAUGCAUAA